AUGUGUACAUCGCUGCCAGCGCUCUUGUUCCUAUUUGUUUUAUUCUCCUAUGGAUGCAAGUGCGCUUCGGGUUUCGUCUGCCCGAAGAUCUGCCGCUGUUUCUCCAACACAAUCAGAUGCAACAAUGUGACAGAAGGGUCUGCUCUGAUGAUGGGCCACAGAGAUAAAAGACUGUUUCUCUAUCACUUGUCUUUGUACACUAUUUCAAGCCAUUCCUUUGAGGGUUUGAAAGGAGUCCAGAGGAUUGAGAUUGCUCAGAGUGUAACCCUGGAAACCAUUGAGACAUUAGCAUUUAAUAACCUUCUCAACCUCUCUGAAAUCUCAAUCCAGAACACAAGGAGUCUGAUGCACAUUGGCAGAGGGACAUUUAACAACCUUCCCAAACUACACUACCUGAGCAUCUCAAAUACUGGGAUAACAGUUUUCCCAGACAUUACAUCUAUCCAUUCCCUUGAAUCAGAGUUUAUCUUGGAUAUCUGUGACAACCUGUAUCUACUGGAAAUACCUCAAAAUGCUUUCAUUGGAAUGACAAAGGAGUAUGUUACAAUGAACCUGUACAACAACGGCAUCAGAGAAAUACAUGACCACGCCUUCAAUGGGACAAAGAUAGAUAAGCUAGUGUUAAAGAAUAACCGAAACCUCAGAGUGAUCCACAGAGAUGCAUUCAAUGGAGCCACAGGCCCUGGAAUCUUGGACAUAUCUGCAACAGCUCUCAAAAAGUUACCACCACAAGGACUGGAGUCAGUUCUGGUGUUGUUAGCUCAGUCAGCGUAUGCCUUGAAGAGUCUGCCCCCUCUGCAGGGACUGUGGAGCCUGCGAGAGGCCCAUCUCACCUACAACAGUCACUGCUGUGCACUGCUGAGCUGGAACGCACACAGGGACUUUCCAGUUAAUCCUGCAUGGACUAAUGGCUCUGUAUAUUGUGAUCAGAUAGAUUCAUCAGCAAGGGUUCAUCGUGUGAUUGGAGGAUCAGCAGAUACGACUCUAGCUUUGGACAUGCCAUUUUUCUCAGAUGUCGACCUUUUUGUAGAGGAUGAAGGAUUUGGAGACGUAAAUUUCCACUAUCCAGAACUGGACUUCUGUCAGACCCGACCAACGUUGGUUUGCACACCUGAAGCAGAUGCUUUCAAUCCCUGUGAGGACAUUGCAGGUUUCAGUUUUCUCAGAGUGGCCAUUUGGUUUAUCAACAUACUAGCUAUCACAGGCAACCUGACAGUGCUCCUGGUCUCCUUUACCAGCCGGAAAAAGCUGAUGGUACCUCGCUUCCUCAUGUGCCACCUGGCUUUUGCUGACCUCUGCAUUGGGAUCUACCUUCUGAUGAUAGCGACUGUAGAACUGCGCACACAUGGUUACUACAGUCAACAUGCUAUUGAAUGGCAGACAGGGCCGGGCUGUAGCGCUGCAGGAUUCCUGUCUGUGUUUGGUGGAGAGCUGUCAGUCUACACACUUUCCACCAUCACCCUGGAGCGCUGGCACACCAUCACCAACGCUCUGCAGAUAGAGCGACGUCUGGCACUUACACAGGCGGCGAGUAUAAUGGCAGCUGGUUGGUUAAUCUGUCUGGGGAUGGGGAUGCUGCCCCUGGUUGGUGUGAGCAGUUACACCAAGGUCAGCAUGUGCUUACCCAUGGACAUAGAGACUCCACUGGCUCAAGCCUUCAUCAUAAUUAUCCUGCUCUUCAACGUGGGUGCCUUCAUUGUUGUGUGCGUUUGUUACGUGCUGAUCUAUCUGGCUGUAAAGAACCCCGAAUUCCCUGGAAGGAGUGCUGACACCAAGAUCGCAAAGCGCAUGGCUGUGCUCAUCUUCACGGAUUUUCUCUGCAUGGCACCUAUCUCCUUCUUUGCCAUCUCUGCUGCCUUCAAAGUUCCCCUCAUCACCGUUACCAACUCCAAGAUUCUGCUGGUCCUCUUCUUUCCCAUUAAUUCCUGUGCCAAUCCAUUCCUUUAUGCUAUCUUCACCAAGGCAUUCAGAAAGGACGUACUUCAGCUCAUGAGCGGCAUGGGCUGCUGUAAAAGCAAGGCCAGUGUUUAUCGUAUGAAGGCCUACUGCCCAGAAAAGGCAAUCAAGAGCAACAUGGGAUCCUGCAAUAAAGGAUCCCACAUGGGAGUGAUGCUGGCUGCCAUGCCACGGCAGAACCAUCACCUGAAAGAGGCGGGAGAGCUCACCUGAGAUUAACAAGGAGAUACAAAAGUUUUAGACUGAUAAUGGGACAAAGUGACAAGUGAAAAAUAAUUCAUGCCAGAUUUGGAGGAAACUAUUUGGUCAUCUAUCAUGGUGACACUGUUGGAGAUGGUCACAUUAAUGUUUUUUUAAUUAGAAAGCCCUGAGAACUGGUAAACCUAAAUGGCAUGCAGCUAUUACUCCCAGGCAUAGUUAUCCUGCUUACCAUGUGUCAAAAUGUGUGCUGUGGACAAAAUGUUUGUUUUAUUCUAAGGAUGGCCAGAUGUAUCUAACAAUAUCUUUACUCGUGAUUAAUGUGGAAAGCUCAGUAGCCAAGAUUGACCACGUGGUGGAGAAGUUGGACAGACAGCUUAACUACACUGCCUGUGUUUUUGUUUUUCUCCGAAAUAGUUUUUGAGAUCUUUGUUAUAGAAAAUAAAAUAGAUCACCUACCGUACAAGUCUGUGUUUCGCUUGGCUACAUAAAUGCGCAUAUUCCUUAUUUUAAGAGAAUAUUUAUAAGGUUUAUUUUUUCUGUCUCAAAAAAGACUAAGAAAAAAAUACACAAUAAAAACAUAAUAA